AGUUGGCCUUCAAAGUACACUUCACCUUUGCUCUCGUGCCCCAGUCUGGUACUGCCGGUUCCAACGGCUUUGCAUUUGUGAUCGCAGCAAAGCCCAAGGUGGGGAAGCCUGGUGGUGUGGGGUAUAGAGGAGUGGGACCUAGGAGCAUGGCUGUUGUCUUCAGCACACUUCCGACUGAUAUGGGUGAACAGCACGUGGUGCUGAGUGUCAACGGCACAGAGGAACCCUUGGUCAAGGAGGUGUCACCAUUCACUUUCACAGAUGGCAGUGUAUACACUGUGUGGGUGGAUUAUGAGCCUCGGAAUCCCAGCAGCAUUCAAGUGUUCCUGGCGGAUUCAAAGAUGAAGCCAGAGGAGCCACUGCUGCAGGGGAAGGUGUCGCUGUGUGCGGUGCUGCAGCCUGGAGUGAAGCAGACGGCGUUCUCAUUUGGUUUUGUGGCGUCCACCACUGUGAAGCCCUUCCAGCUGCAAGGCAUUUACUCCUCCGCUGUGCAAACAGGCAAGGUUAUUUCGGCAGGCGCUCCUUUACCCAAGCCAGUCCAGUCCAAUGAGCAAGCUUCACCUUGCUUCACUGCCGCCUUCCUCUCAGAUGCGUGCUGGGCGUAUGCGGUGGUGGCGAGUGUGGAGGCGGCAUACGGCAUUGCAAAGCAGCAGAGCGCUCCCCGGCUGGCUGUGGAGGCGCUCUUUGCGCUCAUGGGGCUCUCCGACUCUGACAAGUGCUCCGCUGGCGGCUCCCCCACGCAGGCCUUUGAGAAGCUUGUGGCACUUGAUGCCACCAGUGGGCUCACAGGGGCCAGCGACCCGGCAACUACAUACCCGGUGCAGGCGUUUGAGCGAGCGCAGUUCAAGGGGUAUGUGGGUCUCAUGCUGGCAGUGCAGCGGCAGCCAGUGUUGGUUCACAUCGAGGCAUCUCCAACCUUCAUGCGGUAUGAUGGGGAUCCUGGUUGCUACACAGGCAAUCUCAACCAUGUUGUACUCGUUAUUGGCUACUUCAUUACAAGAAAUGAUGGCAGCCAGAACCGCAUUGCUCCUCCGUUUUGGAUCAUCCGCAACUCGUGGGGAGAGGAUUGGGGCAACAAGGGCCACAUGCGCAUGGACAUUCAGGGAGGGGACGGCGUGUGUGGCAUCAACGUGCUGCCUGGCAUCUACCCCAUUGUAAAGAUUCCAGGGGACCCCUGCGGAGAAAGGAGCUACAAGGGCGAUGGGGAUUUGCAGCCCAGCAUGAACCCGUGUGGCAGAGGUCCCCCAGAGGUGGCUGGGAGUGUGCAGACCUUAUACCCUUUUUAUUCCCGAAUAUUUCCCCUCACUUUCAUCAUAGUAACCAUGCUUGUCUUAACUCUCUGUACUAUCUGCCUCCUCGAUACGCGUGUGGCAGUGGACGUGUGUGGGUCAUACUUCAAGAACCCCUGCUACGUGGGAGCAUGCAUCAACGAUGGCAAGGGCUCUUACUCUUGCAUUUGCCCUCCCAACCACGUUCAAAGCACAACAGUUGACGGUUUCCCCACCUGCGAUCCAACUAACACCACGGCCACCACAGUGACAGUCAGUGGAGACAACUGGUGGUGCUCAGAUGUUCAUCCGCUUAUUGGCCUCUCACUGACUGACUUCACAGACCAAAACAGAGGCAUUGACUGCAGCCAGCCAUUGCCCAAGGGAAGUGUCCUUCAGCUGGCUAAUACUCCUGCCACACCAUGCACUGCUUUCUUCUACUCCCUCAAUGGGGACACCUGUGCAUCCAUCAGCACAUCGCUCAACUUCAAUUACGGAAGUCUCACAACUCUCAACCCCGGCCUUGACUGCUCCAAGCCCAUCAAGGCGGGCCGCUCUGUGUGCGUCGAGCGCAGUGCUUCCUUUGCAUUCACGGUGCCUGAGUGUGUGAGAUACGGCACGCUCACACCUCGAGACACGUGCGAGCAGCUGCUUCAAAGGACCAGCAAGAGCGUGCCCCCUGCGGAAGCCAAUCCCAAUGACAAUUCACAAGGGGGUGCCAGUGAGAAUCCAUGGGCUGCGCUGUACCGCAACAAUCCCGGCCUCACUUGCUCCAACACCAUCCCUUCCUCUGCCUCCGCUAUCGGCAGCAAUAUUGGUGUGCAGGUUUGCCUCAGGGCAGAGUAUUGGUCGUUCACGAUGGGUUUAUGCAAGAAGGGUAGGGCCAAGCCUGUGCAGCGGUCAAUGGCGUGCUCAGCUGCUUACAGCUUCUACGGUGGGGCUACCUCAAAAGGAAUCACACGUUUUUAUGAGUACAAUGGUAGGCCUUGCUCUGGAACUGUAGCAGAGAAGUCUAUUUGCGUGCCAUCGUAA